CUCCCUUGUUUGGGACUUUUCUCUUUCCAUCCUGGUUCCAUAUUCCCACUCCUCUUAGUACAAAUAUCAACCACUCCGCUCUCCCAUAAUUCAAACCAGCUGACCUUCAUUGCCCUCCACCCUUCUGUCUUUGUCCACCUCACACUACUUCGUACAUCCUAGAAAGCCACCGAUAUUUCCAUCAUCUCCAUAUUCCAAGUCUCAAUCAACAUGGCUCCCCACAACGACUCAUCACCGGCCGGAAACUUCACCAACGGCUUCAACAGAAUGGCUCUCCAAUCCUCGGGGUCAUCUAGUCUCACAGUUGAGGACCUGACAGCUGAGCUGGGCAGCUCAUACGACAGCAGCACCCUGGACGCACCCGUUUCUCACGUCAAGCGACCCCUUGUCCCCGGCGUCUAUGUCCCGACGAUGUGCUUUUUUGACAAGGAAACAGAAGACGUUGACACCGUUACCAUUGCCCAUCAUGCCGUUCGUUUAGCUCGCGCCGGAAUUACAGGCCUAGCCACUCAGGGUUCCAACGGAGAAGCCGUCCACCUCACCCACUCCGAACGACAAGUCGUCACGGCCACCACCAGAAAAGCACUUAACGAAGCCGGUUUCUCUCAAAUGCCUAUUAUUGUCGGCUGUGGCGCCCAAAGCACCAGAGAGACAGUCCUACUCUGCCGUCAAGCAUGGCAAGCUGGAGGAGAUUACGCACUUGUCCUCCCACCAUCCUACUACGCGCCUCUGUUCGCUCCUUCGUCCCAGACCAUCCUCGAGUUCUUCCACGCAGUUGCCGAUGCUUCGCCCAUUCCAAUCAUUAUCUACAACUAUCCAGGGGCCGUCAACGGCAUGGACAUGUCGUCAGAUAUCAUCGUGCAGCUUGCCCAGCACCCAAAUAUCGUUGGUGUGAAGCUGACUUGCGGCAACACCGGCAAGCUGAACCGUGUAGUCGCGGGUACUCGCAAGUUGUCAAAGGAAUACGAUCCUAAGAAUCCCGACUUCUUGGUCCUCGCUGGCUCUGCCGACUUUUCUAUCCAGGCCCUGGCCGCAGGUGGACAUGGAAUCCUCGCAGGUCUUGCCAAUAUUGCUCCCAAAGCAUGCAUCAAGACCAUCGAGCUUUGGAAUCAAGGAAAGCACACCGAGGCCCAGGAGAUGCAGGAAGUCGUUUCGCAAGGCGAUUGGACUGCCAUCCAGGGCGGCGUUGUUGGAGUCAAGGCUGGUUUAGAAGAGUGGGCAGGCUACGGUGGCUACUGCAGAAGCCCUCUCCCAAGGCCGACUCCCGAACAGUCCAAGAACUGGAAAAACGGAUUCAAAGACUUGAUCAUGCUUGAGAAGUCUCUCUAAGCUUUGUGGUUCACAUGAUCGACCAUUCCCGGCCGUUCAUGCGAAAAUCAUGGCAAAUCUCUCCUAUGUCCCGGUCAUCAUCGAGCAUGGGCAGCGACAGCAUGGCUGAACCAAUCAGACAUCAUUUCAGUUCGAUCUUCCAUCAAGCAAGCGAGGGCUUGUCA